CUCUCAUUUCAACCUCUUCUCAACGAUAAGAAAGAUCAUCUCUCAUCUCCAAUCCCAUCCACAGAAAAUCCCCUCUUUCUCACUCUCUCACUCUCUCUCUGUUCCCAAUCACAUUCCACAAAUCCCAAAGCAAGAACAGAAACCACACCCUAUCGGAUCUCUCUCUCUCUCUAACCGUAGAUAUCCUCUCUCUUAUGACGACUGCAGCAUCACCCACCUCUCUCUCUCUCCCCACCACCUCCUCCCGCCAGCGCUCCACCCGCCACGUGGCGCCCUCUGCCCGUAUUCACGCUGGCGGCCUACGCGUUGCCCCCCUCCGCCGCCUCGGAUUCGCCGGCGUCUCCGCCGACCCCCUCCUCGCGAUCCACGUCGCCAAGAGGGUCGCUGCGGCCGCGUCCGGCCAUGGGCGGGGCCCGCGCGGGGUCGUAUCGAUGGUGAAGAAGAGUGUCGGCGACCUGACGGAGGCCGAUCUGAAGGGGAAGAAGGUCUUUGUCAGGGCCGACUUUAACGUGCCGUUGGAUGAUAACCAGAACAUCACUGAUGAUACCAGGAUCCGGGCUGCGAUCCCCACAAUCAAGCAUUUGAUCGGCAAAGGCGCCAAAGUCAUCCUUUCCAGCCAUUUGGGACGCCCAAAGGGCGUGACACCAAAAUUCAGCUUGAAGCCACUCGUCCCUAGGCUAUCUGAACUUCUUGGAAUUAAGGUUGAGAAAGCUGAGGAUUGUAUUGGUCCAGAAGUUGAGAAGUUGGUGGCCGCACUUCCAGAAGGUGGCGUUCUUCUUCUAGAGAAUGUGAGGUUCUAUAAGGAGGAAGAAAAGAAUGAGCCAGAGUUCGCAAAGAAGCUUGCUUCGCUCGCUGACCUCUAUGUGAACGACGCAUUUGGUACUGCGCACAGAGCACAUGCGUCGACGGAGGGAGUUACCAAAUACUUGAAGCCUUCUGUUGCUGGCUUCCUUUUGCAGAAGGAGCUGGACUAUCUUGUUGGGGCUGUUUCAAGCCCCAAGAGGCCCUUUGCUGCCAUUGUUGGUGGCUCCAAGGUGUCAUCCAAGAUUGGUGUGAUAGAGUCACUGUUGGAGAAGGUUGAUAUCCUUCUUCUAGGCGGAGGAAUGAUCUUCACAUUUUACAAGGCACAGGGCUUGCCAGUAGGUUCAUCUCUUGUGGAAGAAGACAAACUUGAUCUUGCGACUUCCCUUCUUGAGAAAGCCAAGUUGAAAGGGGUGUCUCUUUUGCUGCCUAGCGAUGUUAUUAUAGCUGACAAGUUCGCUCCCGAUGCAAACAGCAAGGUUGUACCGUCGUCUGCUAUCCCAGAUGGUUGGAUGGGAUUGGAUAUCGGCCCCGACUCAGUGAAAUCAUUCAGUGAGGCAUUGGAGACUACCAAGACAGUUAUUUGGAAUGGGCCUAUGGGGGUGUUUGAAUUCGAAAAGUUUGCAGUUGGAACAGAGGCGAUUGCAAAGAAGCUAGCAGAGCUCAGCGGGAAGGGUGUGACGACAAUCAUUGGAGGUGGAGAUUCUGUUGCAGCGGUAGAGAAGGUAGGAGUAGCUGAGGUGAUGAGCCACAUCUCAACAGGAGGUGGUGCCAGCUUGGAGUUGUUGGAAGGCAAGGAGCUUCCAGGCGUUCUCGCUCUCGACGAAGCCGUUCCUGUUGCCGUCUAAGGCAAGUCUCUCUUUUUUAAAAUAUUUUUCCCGUCUUUGUAAUGUUUUUUGAAUGGGUUGUACAAGAGAAGCAAAACAUCAUGUAGAGAAUGGGGAUCGGUUUUUAAUAAGAGGAAUCUUUUCUUCA